AUGGACGGAGCCGAAAACAGCAGCAAAAUCAACAAAGCAAAUGACCUUUGGUUGUUAGUAGCUAUAGCGGAAUUCGAAGAUCUGUCUCAGUGUGAAUAUCUGAUUCACACGUCCAAGCCCAGCGUGAAAUCCGCCCAGGUUGGGUUGCGUCCUGGAGUCGCGUACAGGCUGCAACCGUCUGGGGAGAAGAAUGGCGAAGAGCUUCGCAGCAAUGUCGAUGAGGCUCAUGCUGCGGUAUUUCUCACAUUUUGUCUUGUCUCCCUUCUUGUGAACAGGGACAAGGAUGCCUGA